AUGUCCUCUGUUAGGUUGAACCGUGUAGAGCUUCCAGCUUCCAAGGCAAAAGUCUUCUACCGGCAUGCUGGACCACAGUCUGCCCCAGUGGUGCUUCUCCUGCACGGUUUCCCGUCUUCGUCUCAUCAAUAUCGUAAUUUGAUCCCACUGCUGGCGUCGAAGUAUCGUGUUGUCGCACCGGACCUCCCUGGGUUUGGCUUCACAGAGGUUGCAAGCGGGUUUGAUUACAUAUUUGACAAUCUCACGAGGGUCAUCCUAGAGUUUCUCGAUGCGCUAUCCAUCAACAAGUUCUCCAUGUUUAUAUUUGAUUACGGCGCCCCGACUGGCCUCAGAAUCGCCCUUCAGCGACCGGAAGCAGUGCAGAGCAUUAUCACGCAAAACGGCAACGCGUAUGAAGAUGGCUUGGGUGAGUUCUGGGAUAAAGUACGACAGCUGUGGACUAGCAACAAUGACCCGAAGAUCCGAUCUGAGUUAGCAGCUGGUCUGCUGAGCUUUGAAGCCACCAAGUGGCAGUACGAGGAAGGUACAUCGAGCUCUCGAUUUGUCGCUCCAGAGUCAUACACCCUCGACUAUGCACUGCUUCAGGGUCGAGGAAAUGCAGAUAUCCAACUCGACCUCUUCUGGGACUAUCGGAAUAAUAUCAAACUGUAUCCUAAGUUCCAUGAAUAUUUCCGCAAGUCCCAGGUGCCUCUUCUCGCGGUUUGGGGUAAAAAUGACCCAAUAUUUAUCCCACCCGGAGCGGGAGCGUUCAAGCGUGACUUACCCAAAGCAGAGGUCCAUCUUUUAGAUGCUGGCCAUUUUGCUGUCGAGACAGAGACGGCGGAAAUCAGUGCGCUGAUCCUGAAGUUUCUGAGCAGUCAUGGAAUUUGA